AUGGAGGGACUUGGCAUGGACGCAGCUCAACUGGAUACGCAAAGGAAGAAGGGAGAAGCCAUCUUGAAGACCAGCUCGACCGUCUACUCGACCAACCGGUCGAGUUCCUCAACUCGACCGGCCAAGCUUCAACUCGAUCGAGCUGAGAAGUCAACAGUCAAACCCGAAAAAUGUUGCUUCCCCCUUGACUUUCCUUUGACCCUAAACCUAAUCCUCUUUGGACCCUUCCCAACCUCUUUUGGCGACGAAUACAUUCUAGUGGCAGUUGAUUAUGUCUCCAAAUGGGUGGAAGCCAUUUCCAGCCCUACUAAUAACGCACAAGUGGUCAUCAAGAUGUUUAAAUCCAUCAUUUUUCCAAGGUUUGGAGUGCCUAGGAUAGUCAUAAGUGAUGGAGGUACACAUUUCAUAAACAAAAUCUUUGCCAACCUUUUGAAGAAGCAUGGAGUCACUCACAAAGUUGCCUCUCCUUACCACCCCCAAACUAGUGGACAAGUUGAAAUCUCAAACAGAGAACUCAAGAGCAUACUUCAGAAGACAACAGGCAAGACAAGGAAGGAUUGGAGUGCCAAAUUAGAUGAUGCUCUAUGGGCAUACCGCACUGCCUUCAAAACACCACUUGGAAAGCUUCGAUCAAGAUGGUCAGGACCAUUCAUGAUUAAAGAAGUUCGCCCCUAUGGAGCAGUGGUACUAUGGGACCCAAUGGGAGGAGACUUUACAGUAAAUGGACAGAGGUUGAAACCUUACCUAGCUUCCACUACCAUACCACAGGAGACCACACUGGCUCUUGGCGAUCCACCAGAUCCUUAA